UUUUCUUCUUUCUUAAACUUUUUGUUCUUCUUCAUCUCAUUACUAUUUGGCUUUCCUUUGCGCCUGCUUUUCCUUUUGUUCAUGCUUCAUUUACUUUGCAAACAAUAACGGAAAUGACAGCUGCUGUUGUGGCCCGAGUCCGGGCUGCUGCUGGUAGACUGUUCCCAUGGUUGCCAGGGAAACCAAGCAGGCGGGGGCCUGGUGCGGUAGGGGGAAGCCUAGGUUGGCCCUGCAGCCCUCCCCCGCUUUGCUUAAUCGUUAACCUGGGGAAGGAAGGGAGGAGCUUCGCCCGCCUCUCCAGCAGCUGCAGGGGCUUUUCCUCCACCACCAGCAGGGGCCAUGUCAGUGUGCUGAGCUCUUCAUGCAGCCACACUCCUUUUGGAAGCCGUGUUACGAGCAGAGCUGCCGUCUCCCUUUACUCCAUUCCCUGCUGUGCUUUCUGCAGUUCUGAGUCAUCGUCGUCAGGCAGCAGCAGAAAAAGCGGCAGAAAAAUGUCAUCCAGCCCGAUUCCCGUCAAGCAGAAAGCCAAGGCUCCGUUCAGGAAGAGGGCGAGCCUGCAGAACACAGCCUCCCCUGAGCAGCGAGGCACCCCCGGUUUAUACCCGCUCACCUCCCAGAGAUCACUCCCCGGGUCCUCCCUGUCCCUCAAGCACAUCGACCUGCGCACCUCCAUGGACGGGAAGUACAAGGAGAUCGCGGAGGAGCUGUUCUCGCGCACGCUGGCGGACAGCGAGAUGCGCAGCGCCCCUUAUGAGUUCCCGGAGGACAGUCCCAUCGAGAAGCUGGAGGAGCGCAGGCAGCGUCUGGAGAGACAGAUCAGCCAGGACGUGAAAUUAGAGCCAGAGAUUUUGCUCAGAGCCAAGCAAGACUUCAUGAAAAUCGACAGCGCCACUGACCUGGAGUACUUAAAUGAGCAAAGUGACACUUCCUUGGAUCACUUCCCGAAGGAGAGGGACCUCACUCUGGAGCGCGAGUUCCAGCGCGUCACUAUAUCCGGGGAGGAGAUGUGUGGGGUUCCCUUCACAGACCUGCUGGACGCUGCAAAGUGCAUCGUGAAGGCCCUGUUCAUCAGGGAGAAGUACAUGGCUCGGUCCAUGCAGAACUUCUGCAGGACCACGGCGCGCUACCUGCGGCAGCUGGGGGAGAAGCCGCUGGACCUGAGCGUGUACGACGAGAUCCCCGAGACACCCGUCUCUGCAGAUGCUCCGGUGCACCCCCCUGUGUCGACGACGCACCCCUACGAAAACUGGGACCCCAGCACCAUGCCCCUCGACAUGGGCUUCGGCUGCAAGAUGGUGGACGGGGUCAUGCACGUCUACAGCAAGUCCAGCCAGAUGGAUAAGAGCUCAGAGCUGGACCUGCCCUACACCGAUCUUCAGGAGUACAUCGCUGACAUGAACGUGCUGAUGGCUUUAAUCAUCAACGGACCCGUGAAGUCGUUCUGUUACCGGCGGCUGCAGUACCUGAGCUCCAAGUUCCAGAUGCACAUCCUGCUGAACGAGAUGAAGGAGCUGGCCGCGCAGAAGAAGGUGCCACACCGAGACUUCUACAACAUCCGCAAGGUGGACACUCACAUCCACGCCUCGUCCUGCAUGAACCAGAAGCACCUGCUGCGUUUCAUCAAGAGGGCCAUGAAGAAGUACCCCGAGGACAUCGUGCACGUGGAGCAGGGCAAGGGCCAGACCCUGUCUGAGGUGUUCGAGACCAUGAACCUGACCGCCUUCGACCUGAGCGUGGACACCCUGGACAUGCACGCGGAUCGCAACACUUUCCACCGCUUCGAUAAAUUCAACGCCAAGUACAACCCGAUCGGAGAGUCAAUUCUCAGGGAGAUCUUCAUCAAGACAGACAACCACAUCGAGGGCAAAUACUUCGGACACAUCAUCAAGGAGGUGAUGGAGGACCUGGAGGAAAGCAAAUACCAGAACGUGGAGCUGCGCCUGUCCAUCUACGGCCGCUCUCGGGACGAGUGGGACAGUCUGGCCAAGUGGGCGGUCAAGCACAAGGUGCACUCGAACAACGUGCGCUGGCUGGUGCAGGUGCCUCGCCUCUUCGAUGUCUACCGCACCAAGAAACAGCUGGCCAACUUCCAGGAGAUGCUGGAGAACAUCUUCCUCCCUCUGUUUGAGGCAACGAUCAACCCCCGCAGCCACCCAGAGCUGCACCUCUUCCUGCAGCACGUGGACGGGUUUGACAGCGUGGACGACGAGUCCAAACCAGAACACCACAUCUUCAACUUGGACAGCCCCCUGCCGGCCAACUGGACAGUGGAGGACAACCCCCCCUACUCCUACUACCUGUACUACAUGUACGCCAACAUGACGGUGCUCAACCACCUGCGCAGGAGGCGGGGUUUCCACAUGUUUGUGCUCCGCCCUCACUGUGGGGAGGCGGGGCCUAUCCACCACCUCAUCUCCGGGUUCAUGCUGUCGGAGAACAUCUCCCACGGGUUGCUGCUGCGCAAGGCUCCUGUGCUGCAGUACCUCUACUACCUGGCUCAGAUCGGGAUCGCCAUGUCGCCGCUUAGCAACAACAGCCUGUUCCUGAGUUACCAUAGAAACCCCCUCCCAGAAUACCUCUCCCGAGGCCUCAUGGUGUCGCUCUCCACUGACGACCCGCUCCAGUUCCACUUCACCAAGGAGCCGCUGAUGGAGGAGUAUAGCAUCGCCGCUCAGGUGUGGAAGCUGAGCUCCUGUGACAUGUGUGAGCUGGCCAGAAACAGCGUGCUAAUGAGUGGCUUCUCACACAAGGUGAAGAGUUACUGGCUGGGCCCCAACUACUACAAAGAGGGUCCUGAAGGGAACGAUAUCCGGCGCACCAACGUACCGGAUAUCCGACUGGGGUAUCGCAACGAGACCAUGUGCGAGGAGCUGAACCUGAUCACACAGGCCGUGCGGACAGAGGAGCUGGAGAGCAUCGAGGAGGAGGAGGACUCCCUGUCCAUGGCACCGCUGCCCGGGCCACGAUAAACACAGGAAACUCCCCUGCCUCCCAGGCAACGCAGCAGGGCGAGGGCCCUGUUACAGUCUAGCGUCCAGUCCUUUUCAGUUUUAGCUUGUAUACGAAAGUAAAAAUGUGUUGGCUCUGUACUCACAAUAGCACAGUCGGGCCCAUCGUGUGCUUUUUAUAGUGUAAUUCCGAGACAGCUUUGAGUUGCAGGACGCAAUCGAGCACUUUGUGAAUAGAGCACACUUCAUUUCCUUUAGGUUUGGGGGCAGGGGUCUGAAGAGUUAGUCUUUUUUUUUUUUUUUUUAUAGUUUACAACAACUGUACCCGUACUACACGUGUAGUAAAAAAAUAUCAAGAAAAACACAAGGCUCAGGACUUGCACCCCCCUCCCCUCAGCCCUGGGUCACGGCCCUCUGUAUCCACAAGACCUAGCCAUGCUGCUAAACAGAUAGGGCUGCUGUGCAGUCCUGUGAACUCUUUCAAGAGUGAAGGCUGCUGUUCAUGGUGGCUUGAGAUAGAAACCUGGAGUGCGAGAUACGCAGCUGUUGCAGUUUGGUAGCUUGAAAGAGCAGUAUUUUAUUUUUUGGUUUUGUUUUUGGGGUACUAAUAGGUAUGUUUUAAAAUAGGGGAUACAGUUGCUAGAAACAGAAUCUGUUAAGUUUUUAAGCAGCUUUUUUUUAUUUUUUCAACAGUAAAGGUGCAAUGGUUUUUAAGUCUCUUUAUUGUGUGCUAUUAAGCCAGUAUUUUAAGUGAAGUGAACAAGUGUGCUACCCUUUCAUGUCCAGUACGACACAGCGGCUGGAACUGUCUUCACUGUAUUAACUAGACACAAGAGUAUACAAAACCAGCUCUUGAAGAAACGGAGAGACACUGCCACACUAAA